GCCGUCCUAGAUGGCGCUGUAACUCAAAACAGGUAGAAACAAAUAACAGAUCACAGAAAUGCCACUGUCAUUAUUUGGAAAUAAGUUUUCUCCCAAGAAGACACCCCCAAGACGAGCACAUUCUCUCUCCAACCUCCAUCUCGAUGCCACUCAAACUCGUGAAGAAUUCGGUCCUGAAGUUGGACCAGUCAAGCUAAAAUUAGGAGGAAGUGAGAUUCAGUUUGAAAAUGGAAUGUGGAUGGCAGAGAGCGGUCCAGGGGGAGCAAGCCAUAAAGAGGUCAUGAAACUGCGCAAACAAAACCAACUUCUGUCCGAGGAAAACAAUCUACUUAAAUUAAAAAUAGAUGUUCUCCUAGACAUGUUAGCAGAAGCUACAGCAGUGUCACAUUAUCAUGAGAACGAAUUAAAGCAACUCAAAGGCCAAGUCAGUAGGAAGAAAUAACCAUUUCUGUCGCUGCGGUUAAAUACUUCUGUGAUAAGACAUUGUCAUUGUAUGCAUGUAGUCUCAUCAGUCUCCCGGGUAAAUGUGUUGUACUGUGAAUGUGAUGGACAUAUACAUUAACUUUUAGAUUUGUUUUAUUAUCAAUUGCAUUAUUUUAGAAUUUUACAAUUAAUAAAAAGUUUACCAAUACCA